GGAGGCACCCUGGUUGGGAAGCACUGGGGUACAGGAUAAAGAUUAUCCAUAGAUAUGAAAUGGACAGAGUCAUGGAACCCGUGAAUUAUUUCUUGUAUUAUUUCCUAUAGGUCAGUCAGGAGGGCCGCUGACUAUUACCAGAGGAUAAGGGCAUUGUAGCCGCCCGGUGGUGACUUUCUGGUCACGGGGUGUCUUGUCCAGUUUCCCUCCGCUUUACUGCUCACCCUUCACUUCAGGCUGUGAAGAAGUAGCGGCGCGGCAGCUGCUGAGGACUUCCUGUUUGCGCCUCAAAGGACGGAAGUGAUGCUAGGAAAUGCGGGGGGGGAAGAGGGGGCACACGGAAGCAGGAAGGACUAUGAGCUUUUCUUGUUCUGCUCAUUGCUCUUCCGAUGACGCUCUCUCGGCUCCUCGGCCGUCACCCGCAGACGGUAACCUCCCGCCCGCCUCCUACGUGACCCGGCAGCCUAAUCACGUGACAGCUGAGUGGCACAUGCCGAUUAUACAGGCCCAUCCUCCGCAGGGUUGGUGGAGCACGCUCCUCCCCGCAAAAGUCACGUCCUGUUAGCUCCGCCCCUAUCCUGCUGCCUAGGGGCCCCUCAUUACCUCAGCCCUAAUAGUGUUUUACAAUGUAUAAGGGGUUGUAAUACACAGUCUGCCUCCACCCCAGUGCUGGUCAGUGUCAGGCAGCCUGGAUCAUUCACAUUGCCCUAUACUUUGAUAUUUUAUUGGCCGCACUUUCCUUAUUAUACAGGGUUGUGUGCAGCCAACAAAGGGUGAAUGGCUUCCGCAUGUAAGGAGGAAUAAUCACCCCAUGUAAUGGGCUCUAAGAGGGAGGAGGGUGAUCCGGGUGGAUGUUGGUGCCUAACCGGCAAUCAACUGGUGUCAGGCCCAAGGCCUGGUACUGGAAUCCUACAUGUGUAUUAUAAUUGUAUUUGUGUAUAAUCUAAGACAUGGGUGAGGGGUCAUUGGGACUGUGUAUUUGUUAUAGUGUAUUCCAGUUUUAUUGGGGGGUCUGUCUCCAUUGAAGUCAGGAACUCUGGCCAUCAUAAAACAAACUGAGAUAAGGGACCAGGAAAGAGGGAUGCCCCCCACCUGGUGGGAUCAGAGGGGAGGGGGAUGGAGUUUUCCCUCCUGAAAAACCACUCUAAAAGUGAGAUGCCGGUCAAACAUUUGUUCAAGCCUGUGGCAAAACCUGACAAGACAUCCUAAGAUACAGCUGGACUCUCACUCACAAGGACUGCUAUACCAUUAUGCUAGACUAUGACAAACUGCUCUAAAAGACAGUGAUAAUGGAGGACAACCAAAGUGGGAUCCCGGAUGACAUUAAACCUGAAGAACUAGAGGGAGAAGAUGAGAUCUGUACGAAGGUCAUCCAGGAAUUUAAGGAAGAGGAAAAGCCUACAGAUAUUGGAAGAGAUGGAUCCAGUGAUGAAAAUACACCAGAGACAGACUGGGAUAGUGCAGACGAGAAUGAUGACUUCUUACAGGAUCAUGAGACUAAAGAUUUGGUUAUUGUUAAAGUAGAAGAUAUAGAUGAUAAUGAGGAAAACACAAGGGGAGAUCUAUGGAAGGAGGCAGCAAUUGCUUCGGACGCAAACACAGGUGAACAUGAUGAUAUUGAACAAAACACAAGUCUGUAUCACAACACUGAAGAUGAUUACUUCAUUCAGCACUCUACCUUGGAGCACACCAUCAUUCACCGACCUUCAGCUCACUCUUACCUUGAGAACAUAGAUAUUAUUACACAUAACAUUGAUAAUGACAAAAUAUAUCCUUGUUCUGAAUGUGGAAAAAGAUUCAAGCAGAAGUCACACCUUCUCCGACAUCAAUUAAUUCACACUGGAGAAAAGCCAUUUUCUUGUCUUGAUUGUGGCAAAUGUUUUCCACAGAAAGUUAAACUCCUUUUACAUCAGCGGACGCACACAGGAGAGAAGCCUUUUCCUUGUCUUGUGUGCGGGAAACGUUUCACAAUUAAAUCAAAUCUUGAUGCCCAUCAGAUUGUGCACACAGGGGAGAAACCAUUCCCUUGUUUGGAAUGUGGAAAAUGUUUUACCAAAAAAUCUAACCUCAUUAGUCACCAGAGAAUACACACAGGUGAGCAGCCAUUUUCAUGUUCAGAAUGCGGGAAAAGUUUCACACAGAAAACUGCACUCCUCAAACACCAGAGAAUCCACACUGGGGAGCUGCCAUUCUUUUGUUCUCAUUGCGGAAAAUAUUUUAGAAAUAAAUCAAAUCUUGAUAAUCAUCUAAAAGUCCACACUGGUGAGCAUCCGUAUUCAUGUUCUGAGUGUGGAAAAGGUUUUGUUCAAAGAGCUAAACUUGUCCAACAUCUGAGAGUUCACACAGGGGAAAAGCCGUUCACUUGUUUGUUGUGCGGGAAGUGUUUCACAAUGAAAUCAAGUCUUGAUGUGCAUCAAGAGGUUCACAAUGGUCAAGAUACGCUGUCUUGUCCUGACUGUGGAAAAUAUUUCAAACGCAAGUCUAAUCUUAUAAUACACCAGAGAAUCCACACAGGUGAAGAACUUUUUUCAUGUACAGUGUGUGGAAAGGGCUUUACACGCAAAGAGACUCUAGCAAAACAUCAUAGGACUCACACAGGCGAGAGGCCCUUUCCUUGCACCGAAUGCGGGCGAUGCUUCACUCAAAAGUCUCACCUCAUUAAACAUCAGCAACUUCACAUAUAUCCUAACAAUCUCGGUGAGUCUGCAAGCAAGUAAUAAUUUCAUCCAAAGAUCAUAACUUUCUUCACAUCACCCGCACACAAACUCAUUACUGAUGUCUCAUUUCUUAAUGGUGUUAUCAUAUACAUUUUUAGCCCCUCUCUCUGAACACUAUCAUUAUAUUGAAUUCACAUGGUAUAUUUGAUGCGGAAAUUCUAAGACAGUCCUAUAUUAUCUGAAUGGGGACUGCAGAAAUCCAUGUGUCUUCGCAGGCACAAUCCCAUUCAGGUACAUGGAACUGGUUUUCAGUUGUAGAAGCUUCUUCAACAAAUGUACCGUGCGUUAAUGAAUUCUUAAAUGGGCACUGCCACUUGGUCCUAGCGACAUGCCAAAAGUUUUGUUUGACGUGAGCCUGAAUAUUCAGACCUUCACCGAUCAGGAAAAGGAGACGGGAGAAGUCUGUGCUCAGAGUGUUCUUUCCUGGCUCUGUGGAAAAAAAAAAAAAAAAAAGAGGAGAAGCUAGCAACUAUAGUACUGCACACCAAAAAACAAUAAAGAAGAUACCAUAUAUCAUGAAAAUCUCUUUAUUUCACAUAUAAGAAAAAAAGGUGAUAAAGACACAGACAUUUAAAAACAAUUAAAAUGACAAAAACUUUUUGUUUUUUGGUGUGCAGUACUAUAGUUGCUAGCUUCUCCUUUUUUUUUUUUUUUUUUUUUGUUUAACAUGUAUAUUUCUGCAACUUGCUAGCACCCAAUGUUGUGCUUACUUAGGCGGUGCCCGUUCUCUUUGUAAUCUUUCCUGGCUCUGUCACAUUAUUGAGACACACUCUCAUUGUAAGCCUAUAUAUGGUGUCUUGAUCAUGUGACACAGAGCAGGGAGAGGAGUGUGUGGCCGUUUAGUCUUCUCCUAUCUCCUACUACUGAUCAGUGAAGAUCUAAACUGUAAGCUCUAUAUUAAUGCUCAGAGCUGCAUGCACAGAAGAUAAAACAUGAUCUGUCUCUUAGCCGAUGGCUGUUUGCAAAGUUAUAAAAUUGUUUUCCUUUAUAAGCUUUUAUGGUGGCAGUGCAGUGCUGCAGCAUGCAUGCCACCUCUACCCCCUCCCCUUGGCCUCAAGCACUGAGCUCUAUACCUCAAUCAGUCAAGGUAGGGGGAGGAGGCAUACAUGUGGCAGCUCAGCAGCACCUCCUUGACACUUGAGCUCUGAGCAUGAAAUAGACCUGACAGAUUCCAAUCAUAGGAUGCUAAAAGCCCUAAAGAAACACAUUGUAGGUUUUAUCUGGGUGCAUAAUUGUCAUUAUUAGACAUUAUUGUGCUUACCUGACCAUUACUGCAAUGCAGAAGACAAAGAACUCAUGCACUUGAUCUUUGGAGACAGCAUACAGAGAAACUAUAUCGCUUUGAUUAUUUGGUGCAGAAGUAACUAGAGCAAAAACAUAGUAAAGAGUUGACUACAUUAGGAAAUUAGACUGCAAAGGACAGGGAUCAAUGUGAGUGAUUAUAAUACAUAUGUAGCAUUGUGGAAAAUGUUGGCACUUUAUAAAUUAACACAAUUUCCCCAAGGGCUGAGCUAACCGGCAUUGAUUUCUCUCGUUUUAGAUGCCACAAUCAACUUUGAUUGCGGCGUCUAAAGGGUUAAUACCGGACAUCAGCCCGAUCGGCCAUGUCUGGUAUUAGCCGGGUUGCUGAUAGCAACCAGGACCCAGCAAAUACGAAGCGUGCUCAACUGGGGGGGGCGGGGGGUCUGGGAGAGAGGGAAUGAACAUACAACAGAAAAAGGCAUAUAGCUGUAAGAUUAAGAUAACACAACAUUUUUGGCAUAUCAAGAAACGGAAAAGAGAGGCUUAGAGCACAUUUCCAAAACAGGAAAAAAUAUACAUAAGGCUAACUAAUAAUCUGCUCAGCAAAUUUGGUUUAUUUAUCCUAAUGAGCCUGUUGGAAGUACACCAUGGUAUAUUUCAGCAAACUUUGACAGAUUGAUAAAAAGGGUUAAUACCGGACAUCAGCCCGAUCGGCGAUGUCCGGUAUUAGCCGCGGGCCCUGGUUGCUGAUAGCAACCGGGACCCAGCAAAUACAAAGCGCGCUCAGCUUCUGAGCUCGCUUCACAUUUCGGAAGCCGGCCACAGACGUAAAAAUACGCCCGUGGUCAUUAAUGGGUUAAAAUUGAUUGGGACCUCAGCAGUCAGAUUUGUCAUCCCCUAUUUCAUGGAUUGGAGAUAACUUUUGGAUUUAGGAAUACCCCUUUUAACAGUUUAGUAGUUCACUUCUGCACCAGAUGAUCAUAGAAAUGUUGCCCUCCUUAUUCUUACAUUAAAGACUUGCACAUUUUGUAAGCUGUUAUAUAGCUUGUGCAGAUUUCACUUUGUUAGGGUUUGUUCACAUUGAGUAAUAUGAACGGAAUCUCCGCUCCCAGAAUUCCACGAGCGGAGAUUCCAUCUGGCGGCAGCCGGCAAAAUACAGUCAUGGCCGUAAAUGUUGGCACCCCUGAAAUUUUUCAAGAAAAUGAAGUAUUUCUCACAGAAAAGAUUGCAGUAACACAUGUUGUGCUAUACACAUGUUUAGUCCCUUUGUGUGCAUUGGAACUAAACCAAAAAAGGGAGGGGAAAAAAAGCAAAUUGGACAUAAUGUCACACCAAACUCCAAAAAUGGGCUUGACAAAAUUGUGGAUAAAUAAGAUUGUUUCGAGCAUGUGAUGCUCCUUUAAACUCACCUGGGGCAAGUAACAGGUGUGGGCAAUAUAAAAAUCACACCUGAAAGCAGAUAAAAAGGAGAGAAGUUCACUUAGUCUUUGCAUUGUGUGUCUAUGUGUGCCACACUAAGCAUGGACAAUAGAAAGAGAAGAAGAGAACUGUCUGAGGACUUGAGAACCAAAAUUGUAGAAAAAUAUCAACAAUCUCAAGGUUACAAGUACAUCUCCAGAUAUCUAGAUUUGCCUUUGUCCACAGUGUGCAACAUUGUCCACAAGUUUGCAACCCAUGGCACUGUAGCUAAUCUCCCUGGGUGUGGAUGGAAGAGAAAAAAUUAUGAAAGGUGUCAACGCAGGAUAGUCCAGAUGGUGGAUAAGCAGCCCCAAACAAGUUCCAAAGAUAUUCAAGCUGUCCUGCAGGCUCAGGGAGCAUCAGUGUCAGAGCGAACUAUCUGUCGACAUUUCAAUGAAAUGAAACGCUAUGGCAGGAGAUCCAGGAGGACCCCACCGCUGACACAGAGACAUAAAAAAGCAAGACUACAUUUUGCCAAAAUGAACUUGAGUAAGCCAAAAUCCCUCUGGGAAAACGUCUUGUAGAUAGAUGAGACCAAGAUAGAGCUUUUUGGUAAAGCACAUCAUUCUACUGUUUAUCGAAAACGGAAUGAGGCCUACAAAGAAAAGAACACAGUACCUACAGUGAAAUAUGGUGGAGGUUUAAUGAUGUUUUGGAUGUGUGCAAUGCAUCAUGAAAUCUGAGGAUUACCAAGGGAUUUUGGGUCGCACUGUACAACCCAGUGUCAGAAAGCUGGGUUUGCGUCCGAGAUCUUGGGUCUUCCAGUAGGACAAUGACCCCAAACAUAUGUCAAAAAGCACCCAGAAAUGGAUGGCAACAUAGCGCUGGAGAGUCCUGAAGUGGCCUGCAAUGAGUCCAGAUCUAAAUCCCAUUGAACACCUGUGGAGAGAUCUUAAAAUUGCUGUUGGGAAAAGGCGCACUUCCAAUAAGAGAGACCUGGAGCAGUUUGCAAAAGGAAGAGUGAGUGGUCCAACAUUCCGGCUGAGAGGUGUAAGAAGCUUAUUGAUGGUUAUAGGAAGCAACUGAUUUCAGUUACUUUUUCCAAAGGGUGUGCAACCAAAUAUUAAGUAAAGGGUGCCAAUAAUUUUAUACAGCCCAUUUUUGGAGUUUGGUGUGACAUUAUGUCCAAUUAGCUUUUUUCCUCCCUUUUUUGGUUUAGUUCCAAUACACACAAGGAGAAUAAACAUGUGUAUAGCACAGCAUGUGUUACUGCAAUUCUUUUCUGUGAGAAAUACUGUACUUCGACAGGACUGCACGGCACUGCACCGUCACCAUUGACGGCUAUGUAGUGCUCGUGGACUACCGUGCAAAGAAUGAACAUGUUCGUUCUUUGCGCGGAUCAAUUCCAGCGGCGAAUUGUCAGCCGCUGAAAUUCUGCAGUGUGAACCAGUCUGUGGAAGUCCCAUUCCCACUAAUGUUAGGAGUUCACACUGCGGAAUUCCAGCACAAAAUUCUGAGCUAAUUACUCAGUGUGAACAUACCCUUAGGGUGGUUACAGGUGUCUAUUCAAGUUAUCAGUCUGGUUGUGGACUUAUAGCCAAAAUAUGGACACAAAAAUGCAUCUGUAAUGUGCCAUUGUAAACCAGCCUGACCCAUAGUUGUUAGUAUUUCAUCUGGAGUUGUUUUUUUUUAUACAGUUUGUGAUAUUAGACAUUGACUUAUGAAAUGUUAUUUAUGUUCUUCUCAUUUUGGUUAUAGUCUACUUUGAAAUUUUUAUUUAAGCUGCAUUAAAAAAAAUAACUGGUUAUUUGCUGUGGUCUGAUGCCGCUGUAAUAAUGUGGGCACACUUCUAACAUUCACUAUUUUAGUGGAUUUUAUACAUAAAGUAUUUCAAAAUUUAAUAAAGUCAAAAUCUGCUGUUUUGC